GUAGAUCGUGCUAAAUCUUACGGCAUUCAUGAAAACAAAUCAAAAUGGUUUUACUUCGCGAUUGGAAUUGUUAGCAUCCCGAGUGCACUUCUUGCUGGGAAGAUUGGAGACAUGGUAAAACAUCGCGUUAGGUUGACAAUAAUAUGUCUCUUCUUACAUGGUAUUAAUACAUUGUUGAGCUACUUAUAUAAAACUUACAUCACUAUGUUUAUAUACUCAAUCUUCUCUGAAAUGUUUGCUGGUACUUAUAAUGCCGUAUUAUGUGUCGCCAUAUCGGAUUCUGUUGGAGCAGAAAAUAUAGCACAAGCCUUUGGAUUUCUGAUUGCCUUUCAAGGAUCAUUUCUAUCUCUUGGGCCACCUAUAGCAGGUAAUAAUAAUCGAUCAAUAGACCUUAUGCAUAAUGACGUCGCAAGGCUUGAUGCCCGCGAGGAAUGCUGGUCUUAGCAGUCAUCCCUGGGAAAAUUUCGAUAGUGGCCAUUUUUAAUUGUUUAAUUUUCCCGGGCGAUGACUACUAAGACCAGCAUUCCUCGCGGGCAUCAAGCUUUGUGACGUCAUUAUUCAUAAGGUCUAUUGUUUCUGCCGUAGGAAGCAAGCAAGCAGUCAGCCUAAUUUAUACAGCGGGCAUUUUUUCUAAGUGUUCUUCACCGCAGUUGCAACUUCUGGUACAGAGCCACGUUAUCCUACACUUUACUCAGCCGAUCGUUUUCUCACGUAACAUACCGGAGAAUAUGAAUGAAGAAUAUCAGAAAAAUUAAAAGCAGUCCUAGUCCAUAUGGACUCACUGAUGUGUGUCCACACAUUUUUACCUAACAUCACUCUGUGUCUGAUAUUGAGAGGCAAGUUGCAGCAGAAAUUGCCUCGUGUAACAUUCAGGAUCAAGAUGUGCCGUUCAGGAGUAAUGUCUGGCCACAAAAUACCCCCCUUUAACAGUUUUCGUUUUAGUUUAACUGGGGUCCGUCUUAAAGUCAUGUUUCUUUUGUAUAGUUGCGUAUUUUCCCCUUUAUAGGUUGGUUGAGAGAUACAACUGGGACAUUUAAACUUCCCUUAAUCGUUGCUGGAUGUUUUGAAAUUCUUGGAGCAUUAGUAUCCAUUCCAAGUGCUACAGUACAGAAACGAGAACAAGAUUUAGGAGAUAACUGCGAGAACAAAAGUACUGCUGUCAUAGGGGAUGUAGAAAUUUGA